AUACAGCAUUUUAGGUUCACUUGAGUUAUAUUUGUCUGAUCUUAAACAUUAAAGUGGGGAAACUAUGCAAAAAUAUAAUAAUUUAAGAAGGGGGCCAAUACUUUUUCAGGCCGCUGUAUGUGCAUUUUUCAUGUUUUAUUUUCCAUAGAAUAAUAAAUUAUAAACACAGCUUCUGGAUGCAGAGAAGAGAAAUGAGUAGCAAUGAUCAACAGUUAAUUAUUGACAAAGUCUCGACUUUUGAACUCAUUUAAGGAGGGAGGAGCAGUGAAGCUUGCGGAACACACAACAUAUCAAGGAACUUAAAAUGAAGGUCCUCCAAAAAGAUGAACAAAUGACUGCUGAGACUGUUCUGCUGAGAUACUUACCCAAGAGUUUUCAGGUCUAUGGAUACUUAUAUGCUUAUAACAGAAACAAACCAAGUAGCAUACAGGUUAUUGUUGAUACAUGGCCUGAUUUUAAGGUCAUCAUUUGUCGCCCUGACCCACAAAAGAAACACACCUCGGACUGGACAAAAGUGGUAACGUUCUACUGCCUGGAUGAGAAGAUUUUGAGGAAAAUGUUAUUAGAAGAGGAUACAAUCGACUGGAGCACUUAUUUUAUAAUUGGAGGCCAUGACAAUUCUCAUACAGCCAUGCUCAAAGAGGUUUCAUCGCAGAGACAACUGAGCUACAAACAUCGGGCAUGUGCGCAUCUUCUGUAUUUGCCAGAUAGUAGCCAUCUGUUAUACAUUAUUUACAUUCUCUUUUUUUCCUACAGUGAUCUUAAAUCUAGGAUUACAUCUCUCGAUCUUUCUCACGCUCACCUGGUGAAUCAAACCUGGAAGUUUGGAGGGGAUGAAAUAGGCUACAAGAGAAUUAUAAGACAGAUCAGCUACUUCCCUUCAUGCUGUAUCAUUGAUGGUCAGGGUCAGCCUGUAUCAUGGCUGCUUUUAUAUGAAUACCUGGCAAUGGGCAUGUUGUAUACUCUGCCUGAGCACAGACAAAAACAUUAUGCCACAGUCCUGGUCUACACCAUGGCCCAGAGACUCCUCGCUGAGGGCUACCCAGUGUUCUGCUACAUAGAGGAAGACAACAUGGUCUCAAACAAGCUUGUUAAAAGCUUGGGCCUGAUUGAGGAUCCCUCUUACAGAGAGAUAUGGGUUGCGAUCAACACCUGAUUUGAAGAAGCAACCGACACGCUGUAUCAGAUAAAACUUCUAAGUGAAUCACUUGCCUUGUACAAAACAAACCUGCUGCUUUUAUAUCGUCCACAUCUGUUAGACUGCUUUGU